AUGUCAACCCACACGAACAAUAGUACAUCACCCAAGGAUAUUCAGGAUGAUGAUGUAAGACCACAAUCACAAGAUGCUACAUCAACAACUACAGGAUCAUCGGUGUUUGAUACUAACAAUACAGCUGAUGACGAUUCAAACGUCGAGUUACGUCAAAAGAAGAAAAGAUCUGCUACACAAGAUUCAACUUCUUCAGUUGCAUCUCAAAUGAGUACUACUUCAACAACAUCAACAGGCUCAAUGCUGUCUACUGGAUCAACAUCCCUGUCAUCCGGAAGAAGAAAAGGAGGACACAAACACAAGCAUAAAGGACCGUACUUGAAUGUGGCGCCAUUAAACACCCCUUUGAAGCACCGACUUGAAACCCUUGCUGUUGUGUGGCUUUGCAUAAGUAUCCCCGCUUUCAUAACUUUGUUUUUGAUUUGUAUUUCGUUAGGCUGGGUUGUUUGGUUUACAGUCAUAUUGCCUUAUUUCAUUUGGUGGUAUGGAUUUGAUUUGCACACUCCCACAAAUGGUAAAGUGUCUUAUCGCGUUCGCAAUUCUAUGAAAAACUUAAUUAUUUGGGAAUGGUUCGUCAACUAUUUCCCCAUUAGAGCUUACAAGACAGUUGAUUUGGAACCAACAUUUACCAAAGUGUUGGUGGAACAAAAUGGCACUGAUUCUGAUAACGACGAUGAAUUGGAUCUAGUUUCUGAGGAUUCUACUACGGUCUUGGAUAACAUUUUUAAAUUCAUUGGAUUGAAAAAGAGAUUAAAUCGAAGUGAUGACAAUGUUCUGGUAAAAUCUAGCAGCAGCAGCAGCAGCAGCGCCCGCAGGUCCUCAUCACCGCCAACAGCUGUCUAUAAGCUGGUUCUGACCGGUCCCAGAUACAUAUUUGGAUAUCAUCCUCAUGGUGUUAUAUCAAUGGGUGCCAUUGGACUUUUUGGAACAAAUGCAUUACGCAAUGAACCCUAUGAACCGGUAAAUAAAUGGCUAAAACCGUUUUUCCAUGAUCCAUCUAAAUUCCCCACCUUAUUACCUGGAAUUGGCAAAAUUUUUGCGUUAACUUUGACAACUCAGUUCACUCUUCCAUUUUAUCGUGAUUAUUUAAUGAGCAUGGGUUUAUCCAGUGCUUCGGCAAAGAAUAUCAAAAGUUUGAUUAAUAAUGGAGAUAAUUCAGUUUGCCUUGUUAUUGGUGGAGCAAAGGAAUCAUUAUUGAAUACAACAGUAGCAAAGAAUGCGAGAGUUGGAUACGGAUAUAAAAAGCCAAAUCAUGAAAAAGAACAAGAAGGAGAAGAAGAGGUGGAGGGGAAGGAUAACGGAAAGACAAAUGCCAACAAAGACGACAUAGUUAACUCUGAUGAAGCUACAUCAAAGGAAGCUAGUGAGUCAUCUCAGGAACAAGAUACACCUCCAAGAAAGACGAUCAAGCUAGUUCUAAAUAAUCGUAAAGGGUUUGUCAAAUUAGCCAUUGAAUUGGGAAACAUCAACUUGGUACCGACAUUUGCUUUUGGUGAAGCAGAUGUAUACGACAUAACAAUCCCCAAACCAGGCUCCUUAGGUUAUAAGUUCCAACAAUGGAUGAAACGAACAUUUGCUUUUACAAUACCAUUUUUCAGUGCACGGGGUGUAUUUAUUUAUGAUUUCGGGUUAUUGCCAUAUCGAAACCCGAUCAAUAUUGUUCUUGGUCGUCCAAUCCAUGUACCUUCUGGCGCAUUACAAGAAUAUCGUGCUCAGCAUCCAGAAGAAUUUGAAGAUGAAGUCAAGGAACAACAACAAGAAAAGAAUCCGGAAGCUGCAUCAGGUAUGCGCAGAUCGAGUUCAUUUACCGAUUUCUUAAAAUUGUCGACAAAGAAAAGCUCGUCAGUUAAGGCAAAGAUUCCUCAAAAGUUGUUGGACAAGUAUCACAAAAUGUACGUUGAUGAAUUGAAGCGGGUAUAUGAGGAGAAUAAAGAACGAUUUGGAUAUGGAGAUGUUGAAUUAAAUAUAAUUGAUUAG